CUUUGUGAUGCUUAGUUCUUUGAUUUUCAUGUCAUUUGUGUCUUCUUUUUGCUUUCCUGAAUACCUUGCACCAUGUGGUUGGUAUGCUCAAUACUGGUUUUGGUCAUCAUGAGGUGAUUCUUCCUUCUUUAUGUUUUCAAGGCAAGGGAUUUCUACCUACUAGAUUGAAUAGACAUUAUUUCUAUUUAGUUUAGUUUCUGAGUUGUGAAUGAAUUGCUUCCUCAUUUCUUAUAGAAUAUUUAUUUUUGUAUCCUCUCUGAUAAGAUAUUUUGCUAGAAGUUUCAUAUAUCAAUCAACCUUUCUUUCUUGUUUGCAUGUUUUUUGUGCAUUGCUUUUUAUCAACUCUUAGGAUCUUCUUAUACAUGGUUAACUUUUAUUUACCGAGAUCUUUUGUAGGGUAUGUUUUAGCUUACUUUUAUUGGAUCUUCCUCUCUUUUCCUUCCCUUCUUACCCUUUCUUCGUCCAAUUUCACGACCAUUGGUGUGAAACCUCGUAGUUCCAAUGCUUUACCUUCAACCUCUCACCGAAGUUACUUUAGGGAAAUACUGGAUCUUGAUUCCGAGCCACUUCGCGCAUUCACCCUGCGUUCAGCUGCUCGAUGUCAUCACCAUCGGAGCCAAUCACGAGGAGCACGGGCAAUCCGACGUGGUAACGAAGCUGGUGGAGUUUCCAAGACGUCAGGGAGUUUACUCUGUCAGCUCCGCCAUCACUUGUCUCUCCCGGUGACUGGGUCAUUCCUUUUCUACCCUCCUUUGGUUGAGACCAGAACUCUUGAGGAAGUUAAAGAAGUAUUAUAUUAUGCUUUCCAAACAAACACUUCUUUGACCUGGAUAAUGUUGGAUAAUAUGGUUUUAUCUCUACCUAAUGGGGAUGUGGAUAUAUCAAUGCUGAAAGAAACUGUGCAGUUAGUCAAUGAAAAAUUUGAGAUUGAGUUACAACUUGGUUGGUUGGUGAUAACAAAGUUCAGGAAAAAAGACACACUGUUAAAGUGAAAUUGAAGAUGGCUCAGAAUGAAAGAAUUGUAAAAUUGGAGUGAGUGAUUGAUUGAUUGAUUGAAAUAUCAAGAAAUUUUAGUCAAAUAGAGUAGGCAAGUCAAUUUCUGCAUGCGAGUCAAGGAGAGUAGGUGUGAUGCACUUAGGUAACUUGUGGCUGACUCCUCUCUCUCUUUGGUUUUUGAACUAUAAUCAUAUAUUUUUCCUCUUUUUGAAUUACAUUAUCAUUGGAGUAUUAACAUUAUUAAUUUUAGUCCAUAUAACAAUACUAUUAGUAUGCAUAAUAGACUAUGGUUUAAAACAAUACCAUUUCCUGUUGGUAAAUCUUCUUUCUUUAUUUCCUUCUAUGUGGAUUGCAUUUUUUGUAUUCAGAAAGAGAGUAUUAAUUUUUUAAUAGAAAACGUUUUUUUUUUUUUUUAUGUAAAAAUUGGGCAAAACUAGAUACUUUGUGAUGUGUUCAAAAUAACUUAUUAGCGUAAGCUUUUAGAACCACUUUUAGGGAAAUUACUUUUUUUCCUUGAAGCAAUUUUUAAGUUCUAACACAAACAUGUAAUUGCAGAUUUUAGGUAUUAAGGAUUAGGGUUUAAUGUUUGGAGUAGUUUAAUGCAAAAGGUGUGUGCUUGGGUUAAUUUGUUUGUAGUCAGUCAAGCUUCUUGAGGCAUUUGUCGAAGAAAAAAAAAUUGUGUAUUUGUUUCCUAAAAUUAUGUUAAGCAGAGUUGCUCUAUAUGAAAGCAGGUACUGUGACUACAACAUUUGAAGUACAUUUUGAAACGAGCGACUAUAACAUUUGAAGUUAUUUAGUUAUGUGAAUAUUCUAACUAAAAAAUUCCUAAUGCUUUCAUCCUUAAUCUGUAUUGCUAUUACAUGAAGUUGAUCAGUUUGAAAGAUAAAUUUAUAUUAAAAAAGAAAAACUAAAUAUACUGUUAAUAAUUAUCUUUAAUUUUAAAAACCUAUAUAUGUCCAAAGUUAUUUUCUAUGUUUUUUAUGUGACAUUUUUAUAAACAUUUGUGGUGCAGAAAUUUAAAUAUCCUACAAAGUAUAUUCCAUCAUAUCAUCUAUAUUUUUCAGAGUGGAUCUUCAUUUCAAUUGUGAUAUCAUGAUCAACGAAGGAGUUAGAAGGUAACAAUAUCUAGGUGCAAAGUUAAAAGUUAACAAUGUCUUUAUAUGCUUUUUGAAAUUUUCUUAUUUCAUAUCCUGCUUUUUUCUUUUAUAUUCACUGUGAUUAACUGUAAGUUGAUUUUGAAUUUUUAUCUAAUGCUUUGAGUUGUUGCCUAAUAUUAUUCAAGACGAUAUCUUUUGCUCCAUAUAUUUUAUGGGGCUAAUACUACUCUUUAUUAUGGACAUUUUGUUUGACAUAUAUUAAGUUAUACUAGAAUUAGUCUUAUUUGAAAGAUUCAUAUAAUUGCAACAUUAAGACUUGUUCAGGCAGGAUUUUGUUUGACAUAUUGAUCCAAAAAAGUGCAGCUGAGUUUGUUCAGGCAGGAUUUUGUAAGACUGAUGUUCUUUUGUAGACCGCUAAGAGUGAUCUUUCAAAUUCAAA